AUGACCAUCUCCUAUGGGGAAACUGGGGCCAAGGGGUUAUUUCAACAGCCAUACAUCCUCUUUUUAUCAGUUUUCGCUAGUAUGGGUGGCAUGUUAUUUGGAUAUGAUCAGGGGGUUAUCAGUGGCGUGCUAGUGAUGAAUAACUUUGGCAAACAAUUCCCCAUGCUCGCUUCCAAUUCUACUCUCCAGGGAUGGAUGGUGGCCGUCCUCACAUUAGGGGCCAUGGUGGGCGCACUCGUCAACGGUCCGAUUGCCGAUCGUAUAUCACGGCGCUGGUCUAUACUUCUCGCAAACAUCGUGUUUUUGAUUGGCUCCAUAAUUCAAGCUGCGGCUCAAAACAUCGUCAUGAUCUUUAUCGGACGAUUUAUUGCCGGUCUUGCCAUCGGUGGAUUAUCUAUGGUAAUUCCUUUGUAUAUCAGUGAAAUGGCUCCGUCAAACCUUCGGGGGAGUUUGGUUUCAUUACAGCAGCUCAGUAUUACUUUUGGUAUUGCGGUCGCAUUCUGGAUUGAUUACGGAACCCAGAAUAUUGGAGGAACUGGGGAUUCCCAGUCUCCAGUUGCGUGGAGACUCCCACUUGCUUUGCAAUGCGCUCCUUCAUUGAUACUUUCCAUUGGCACAUUUUUCUUGCCAUAUAGCCCUCGUUGGCUUCUUUUGAAAGAUCGUGAGGAGGAAGCAGAAGCGACGUUGCUCCAAAUUCGCCGCGUCCCAGAAACAGAUCCUCGUGUUAGGCUUGAGAUUUUGGAAAUAAAAGCGGCAGUACUGUUCGAUCGCGAGACCACGGCUGUGCUUUAUCCGACAGCAGCAACUAGCUGGCAGAUCACGCUGGAGAGAUACAAGUCUCUACUAACAAUUCGUCAUUUAAACAGGCGUCUGGUCAUUGCGUGCUUGCUGCAGUUCAUUCAGCAAUUCACGGGUAUCAAUGCUAUUAUCUACUAUGCACCUCAGAUCUUCCAGAGUAUCGGCAUGACGGGCGAAUCAGUGGACUUGCUUGCAACAGGUGUGGUGGGAAUUAUUGAUUUUGUAUUCACAAUUCCGGCUAUCUUAUUUAUGGACGGCUGGGGCCGCAAAAAGGUGUUGAUAAUCGGAGGAAUUGGAAUGACGAUCUCUCAACUGAUCGUGGGUACGAUUUAUGCCGUGUAUAAAGAUUCUUGGGCUACACAUCCGGCAGCAGGUUGGGCUUGUGCUGCCUUUGUUUGGAUCUACAUUGCAAACUUUGCCUACAGCAUUGGUUGUGUCAAUUGGAUAAUUCCCUCUGAGAUUUUCCCACCAGGUGUCCGCUCACAGGCUGUUGGAUUAGCUAUUGGAACUAACUGGCUGAGUAAUUUCAUCGUCGCUUUAAUCUGUCCUAGGAUGCUCAAUUCCAUCAAAUUUGGGACCUUCUACUUUUUCCUCGUUCUGACAAAAGCAGCUUUUUGCAUAUUUUUAAUUGUCUGGGUAUAUUUCUUUGUCCCAGAAACACGAGGCGUCAGCAUAGAAGAGAUGGACAAGUUGUUUGGGGGAAAUCAAGGAGAGGCCGAUGUGAUCAGAAUGGCAAAUAUUCGGCAAAGACUGGGGCUUGUAUAUGAUGAUUUCGAUAACCUCAAGGCGAAAGAUUGCGACAUUGGCGUUUCGCAAGUUGAAAACGCCUAA